AUGUCUGCUCCAGUUGGGUUUUCUGGCAGCGUGCCACCACCGCCUCCUGCCGUGGUUACUGACUCUGUGGCGAAGGGUGAGAAGAAGAAGAAGUCCAAGAAGCCAAAGGAGGACGGUGCAGAGGGGGCGGAGAAGAAGAAGUCUAAGAAACCAAAGGAUGAUUCCCCUGGUUCUGCCGAAAAGAAGAAGAAAUCUAAGAAACCAAAGGACGAUUCUCCAGGUAGCGCCGAGAAGAAAAAGAAGUCUAAGAAGGAGGAUGGUGCAGAGGGGACUGAAAAGAAGAAGAAAUCCAAAAAGGACGACUCUUUUAGUUCAACUGAGAAGAAGUCUAAGAAGGACGAUUCUCCUAGUUCUACUGAGAAGAAGAAGAAGUCUAAGAAGGACGAUUCUCCUAGUUCUACUGAGAAGAAGAAGAAGUCUAAGAAGGACGAUUCUCCUAGUUCUACUGAGAAGAAGAAGAAGUCUAAGUCCAAGAGUAAGGGCGAUGCUGUUGCCGGUGUCGCCGCUUCUCUUUCAGAGAUGAGUAUUGGGGACUCAGAAGCGGACAAAUCAGUCGCUAUUGAAACUGCACAUGGAGCAGUGGAAGUGGACGGUAUUGCCAUGUCCGCUAAGGCUUUCGAUAUGACCGAAGUUAAGAGCGCCGAGGAGACUCCCAAAUAUGGCGCCAACGAGUACAAAGUCUGCGGUAGACUAGACUACGGUACUAAGGGUACAAAGGUAGAUGUGCUAACAAAUCACCUCGUUCUCUCCUUGGGGGACGACGUCACAGGUGUGAAAAACAGCGAAUUGGACCCAUGGUGGAAAUCAGCGUUCAUUUUCACCUACCAUAUUGGUUUCAAGACUCCAGCUGCCCCACCUGCUAGAAAUGGGCGCAGUAUGCCACCUCCACCACCACUAUCUAAGCCAAAGAAGUACGAAUUGAUCGAGGCUCUCUUCGCAGAGGACGAAACUCUGUACAAGUACAAGGACAGAAUCGCCUUCAACGGUGAGGAGACUUUGUACUCACACGUUCCUCUAGAAGAAUUCACUCUAUUCGAUGGAUGUUGGGAUAUAAGUAACAAGCAGAAGAACAAGAUCUCUGUCGUUGGUUUGAACUCGGGUAAAAAGACCCAGAUCAAUGAAUUGGCUUCUCAAGUUGUUCUGAAAUUCGUUUCAAAAGUAGGGCUGGCCGACAUCUACAGAGGUACUUUGGGUAAAGUCCCAGAGGAUCAAGAAGACAAAAUGUCUGCUCCAGAAAAAGCCAUUUUCUUAUCCUUGCUUGGUGUCAAAUUGAUGCAAACUAAUGACCCCAUCUUCCAAGUCCAUGGGAACAAAUUCUUCGUUUUCAACAAAUACUCGAGGACUACUCCGUUCCAAAUGGGUGCGUACUUGAUGCACGGGUUCACCGUUUCUCUGAGAUACGCCUACGGGUCCGUUCUUUUGAACACCGUUAACGUUGCUAUGCCAUUCUACAAGCAUACCAAAUACCUACCAGGUGAUCCUAAAUUUAAGGAAGAUGAGAAGACUCAGUUCUCAUUGUUGGAUUGGAUCUUCGAGUGCUACCAAACUGCGGCCCUCGACAGAAACAGUAGAGGAGUCGAUACUAAGGGCACCCCAUCGGCGAACAGCAUCAACUUCUUCGUCGACAAGAACAACGAUGUUAAAGAUCUGUUGAAGGGACUGAAAGUGUACAGACCGUACAUCAACUACAGUGUCAACCCAGAUGGUACUUCUAAGCCACCAAAGAAACAAAAAUCCAAGGGUAUCGUCGGUUUCGCAAGAGAGACCGCAGACUCGCUAAAGUUCAACGUGACGCCAAGCGAUGUUGCCAACAAACUGGCCGUCGCAAACGAAAAGCCAUUCAAGAUGUCCAUCACAGAAUACUUCGCCAAGAAGUACAACAUCAAAUUGAAAUAUCCAGGUGUUAAGCUGGUCAGUCUAGGUGGCUCGAACGUCGUUCCACCAGAAUGUUUGACUAUUGUCCCAGGGCAGAAGCUAAAGGGUCAAAUAAAGGACGAGAAAGCUGUGAUCGACUUCACGGCAUUGAGACCCGGCGAGAAAUUCAAGGCCAUCAACAAAUUGGCCUUGCCAUUGAUCAAGAAGGCGUUGACCCCAGACGAGGAAAAAGUUCAGGCGCCACACAAUUCCGAUUACACUUUCUUGAAAGUGCCAUCUCGUGUUAUCGACGCUCCAGUGGUUCAGUUCUCUAAGUCCACCGUUGAAUACGUCGACAAACCCUUUGGAACAAAGGUUGCUGGCUCGAAAGUUCAACACCAGGAGACCAAGGGUAACUGGAACUUGGUUGGUCACGAAUUCAUCGAAACACCUAAGAACAAGUUGACAAUCAGACCAGUGUGUAUUGGGGACUCCGACAGAGCGCCACCAGGCGACGUCUUGAACCAGAUCAGAGAGAGUGUCCUAAAGUUUGCUUCCGAUGUCGCCAAAGUUGGUGUCGAUUUUGACGUUGCUGACAAGCCCGUCCUGAUCAACAACUUCGACUCUCCAAGACGUAAAGUCUCAGGUUGUGGUGGUCGUGGCGGUCGCGGUGGCCGUGGUGGUCGUGGUGGCCGUGGUGGUUUCGGUGGACGUCCACAGGUGUCCUUUGAGAUCACCCCAGGUGAGGAGGAUCUAUGCAACCUUCUGCAGAAUGUCCCAGCUAACAGCUACGUUCUGUUCAUCUUGCCAAAGGCUAACCAAGAUACCGUUUAUAACAGGUUGAAGUACCUGGCCGACUUGAAGUACGGUGUUAUCAACUCUUGUGUUCUAUGGAACAACUUGAGGAAAAACUCUGCGCAGUACAACGUCAACGUUGUCAUGAAGAUGAACUUGAAAUUGCAAGGUGUGAACCAUUCGCUAGCGAAUGACGAUUUGAAGUUGUUGAUGGAUGAGGCUACAGGGUUGCCAUUCAUGAUUCUGGGUGCCGAUGUGACACAUUACCCAGAGGAGGAUCAAAACUCGAUCUCUGCACUGGUCGGUUCCAUUGACGGCAAAUUCGCCCAGUUUCCAGGUUCCUACAUGCUACAGGACGGUCCCGGUGAGGAGUCCAUUGCUGGUAUUGGCAACAUGGUGUACGACCGGUUGAGAAUCUAUUCUGAACAUAACAUGGGCCAAUUACCUCCAAAGAUUCUGUUCUACAGAGAUGGUACCUCCGAAUCCCAAUUCUCAGAGAUUGUAAAGGUCGAAGUGAAGGGUCUCAAGGAGGCUUUGAGGAAGUUCGGUUCGAAGUUGUUGGGUGGUAAGAAAUACGAUCCACCUGUGACUACUAUCUCUGUCGUGAAGAGGAACCAAGUAAGAUUCAUGCCACUUCACGAGAACGCAGAAAAUGGGAACUCGGAAAGUGUCGCUGUCCAAUCCAUGGGCAACGUCAUGCCCGGUACCGUGGUCGACAGGGGGAUCACCUCCUCUGCCCAUUUCGAUUUCUUCCUGCAAUCGCAACAGGCUUUGAAGGGUACCGGUGUCCCCUGUCACUACUGGUGUAUCUACGACGAGAACGAGUUCACCUCGGAUUACUUGCAACAGGUCACACACAGUCUGUGCUACGUUUUCGGCAGGUCCAGCACGAGUAUCAAAGUGGCGUCGCCCGUGUACUACGCGGACUUGCUCUGCGAGCGUGGUGCCCAGUACUUCAAGGCGAACUUCAACGCCGCGAAACAAGAGUUUGUCAAGACGAACAAGCAGAAGGACGCCGUGCUACCCGCCGGUUUGCUUCUACCCGCUGUCAACAAGAAAGUCCAGGACAUCAUGUAUUACAUCUGA